AUGGUCAAACUGUGCGAAAUCAACGAAACCGUCGCCUUCGCGUGGUCUCUGGAUGCUUUACCAGUCAUCGCUACGGGCACAUUGUCCGGCGUCAUGGAUGAUACGUUCUCGUCAGACUCUUUCUUACAAAUAUACAACCCUUUUGAGACAAAUGUAUCCAAGAGACUCUUGUUCAAGGCUGCAUCUGAUGCCAAAUACAAUUCUCUUUCCUGGAGUAAUUCAACGUCUUCAUACUCACGUGGCUUAUUGGCCGGUGGUUUAGAGGAUAACACCAUUCAGCUCUACAAUCCUGAUCACCUCUUGAAAUCAAGUCCUUCGAAGCUUUCUAUUUUGUCCACUUACUCUAAGCACACUUCUCCCGUGUUACAGGUCAAGUUCAAUCCUAUUCAGCAUCAUAUUCUAGGUUCUUCUGGUUCUAAAGGAGAGAUAUUCGUUUGGGAUACAAAUAAAGGAACUUGCUUUACCCCUGGUAGAGCUAUGUCUCCAGUGGGUAAAGUAUCUUGCCUCGAUUGGAAUAAUACAGUCUCUCAUAUUUUUGCCAGUGCAGGUGAUACUGGCUAUGCUUCUAUCUGGGACUUAAAGGCCAAAAGAGAGGUCCUUCAGUUGUCCUAUUCAGGUGUCAAUUUGUCUGUUGUGGCCUGGCAUCCAAGUCAGAGUACCAAGUUGGUUACCGCCUCUGGUUCUGAUUUGGACCCGGUCAUUCUUACUUGGGAUCUUAGAAACUCUUCUACACCAGAAAAAGUUCUCAAGGGCCAUCGUAAGGCGAUCCUAUCUCUUGACUGGUGUCGUCAAGAUGCUAAGUUGCUUCUUUCAUCUGGUAAGGAUGAUACAACUAUGCUCUGGAACCCUAUAGAGGGUAAGAAGCUUGCAGAGUAUCCAUCCUUGCCUAACUGGAUUCAUCAGACUAACUUUGCACCUCGUUUACCUGACGUUUUUGCCAGUGCUUCACUUGAUAAGAAGAUGGUGAUUCAGACUCUUCAGGAUACCUCUCCUCCUGUGUCCACUAAAGUUGGUGGCGCCAAUGAGGAUGAAUUCUGGAACAAGAUAUCUUCUACAGACACCCAGCAGCCAAUUUUCCAAGAGAAGCAAGCUCCUGCUUGGCUUAGUAGACCCAUUUCUGCAAACUUUGGCUUCGGUGGACGUAUAGCCAUUGCUAGAAAGGAUACUAAGUCUGGUAACUCAAUUGUAAAAAUAGUCCCAGUUACAGGUGUCGAAGUUGUUGACGAAUCUGCCAGCACUCUAGUGCAGGCCAUUAAAAAGCACGACUAUGAAGCUGUUUGCGAUUCCAGACUUAAAAUAGAGAAAGCAUUUGCAAGCGGUAAGGAUUGGGUUUUACUUAAGAAGUUGUUGGAAAAAGGACAGAAGGAAUUACUUGGAGAGAUUUUAGAUACCGAGAAGCAGCUAGAUAUCGAGUCUUCUUCCUCGGAGGACGAAAAGGUUGGGAAGACCUCUCCAUCGUCUUCUGAUGAUGACUUUUUCCGGCAACUUGGUUCUGCCAAGAAAGCAGAAGCCGUUGCUCAAUAUUCACCGAAGGGCAAAUUUACACUUUCCAAUGAUUCUAGCGAUGAUUACACCAAGAAGCUGACUAGCAAGAUUCUUGAAGCCAAGUUUGAAGAUGCUCUGGAUCUUUGUGUGGCCGAAAAUCAUAUACUAGAAGCACUUGUGUUGGCAUUGAACGGAACUGAAGAAAUGAAGACUAAGGCCAAGAGUGCGUACUUCACUAAGUAUGCCAGUCAGUCUUCAUUGGCCAGACUUUUGUAUAGUGCUUCAAGUAAGGAUAUCUCUGAUGUGGUGAACAAUGCCAACAUUGGAUCGUGGAAGCAGAUUGCCCGGUCAAUUGUGGCAUUUGGAGAGCUCGAUAACUCGGGUAGUGGACCAUCUAUUGAUGCAAAUAUUACGAAAUUGGGAGACAGACUAAUGGAUUCUAAAGAAACUGAUGCUAGAGAUAACGCAAUUACGUGCUAUAUUGCAGGUAAUUCGUUGGAUAAAAUCGCUCACAUCUGGUUGUCAGAAUUGGACGAUAUCGAGAAGUUUUAUCUCGAGCAAAGCAACGAAAGUGACAAGAAGAAGCUUUCGGAGUCGGAUAUCAGGUUCAGGGCUCUUGGAGAAGUCAUAGAGAAGGUAUUUGUUUAUCAAUCCACUGCUUCCGUUGGCUCGGAUGGUGCCUCAAGUGAUCUUGAAGAGCUCGGAGAUGCUUUUAAGGAAUAUGCAGAAUACUUGACUAAUGCUGGACAGUUUGAAUUGGCCUUUGAGACGUUGAGUAUGGUCUCGGAAAAUAUCCCUGGCAUCAAGUUAGAAAAACGGCGUUUAGAGAAAGUCAUGGGACGUUCUGCUCAUAGUAAUACUACGGUCCAGCCGGCUGCUAAGUACUCGAAGCCUACUGCAAAGUAUCAAAACUAUGCUCCAGUAGCAGCGGGAGGAUACCCUACUACCCCUUUGCCAAUGGCUCCAGCUGUUAAUCAUACAUCGGGUCUAAGAAAUCCAUACGCCACCAUGGCAUCAAGUGCACGUGCUGGCUCAAUGUCGAAUGGCCCCAGAAACAUGUAUGGUCCGCAGGGGCCUGCAGGUGGCGUCCCUCCAGGCUCCUCUCUACCACCUCCACCCAAAGUGGAAUCACGUGUUUCGUACUCGUCUAGAACUCCGUCUGCAAAUAGAGAUGCUGGAGGAUGGAACGAUCUUCCAGAAAGCAUGAAUAUAGAACCACCAAAGCGUGAUUCCGUCUCAAACACGGCUGCAGCUUCUCCAUAUCAACUACAGGCUCAUCAGGGACCAUACAAUGGCCCUUCAGCUAUUCCAGCUCAGAGAUCUCCAUCGAUCCCUCCACCACCAAAGGCUGGAGCAGGUGCGACGGCUGCUGUAAACGGAAAUGAACCUCUCCCAAGUUCCGUUCCUUCACGCAGUAGAAUCCCAUCAUUGAAUCCAUACGCUCCAACACAACCAGCUGUCUAUCCGGGAAUUCCUGCACCAACUGGAGCCAAUUUCCAGGCCUCGGCAGCUCCAAUUGGCGGAAUGAACUCACCUCAGGCGCUACCAAUGUCUCCUAGAGCGGCUCCUCGGAACCCUUAUGCACCAGCACCUGCCCAAUCACCACGUGGAUCGUUUGCAAGUCCUCUGGCAAGACCAGGCUUCUCUCCACAGCCGAACUUUGCACAGCCAACAUUUGCAGCUCCUCCACCUCGUGGCGGUGCUGGUGUCGUUGGCAACGGGUUUGUAGAUGGUCCUUCAGUUCCUCCGCCUCCUCCAUUGAAGAAGAAAGCGGCCGAACCACCAAUAUCAGGAACUGCACCACCAGUACAGACUGUGCCAGCCCUUCAGCAGCCUCUGCCACAGUCACCACUUCCACCUAAUUCGAUCUCGGGCACGGCUACAAGCUCAGCUGUACCACCAGAAAGUCCUGAAGAACCCAUUCCAGCGAAUGCUCAACCUAUCUACACUCUUUUAACUGCUGAAAUGGAGAAGGUGAAACCGAAGAUUCCAGCAAAGUUUAGCAAGCAACUUACAGACGCUGAGAAACGUCUGAACAUUCUUUUUGACCACUUGAGCAGCGGCGAUUUACUUAGUGAGGAAACCGUUGAGUCAAUGGUGCAAUUGAGCGAAGCAUUGUCUAAAGGAGACUUUGGCACGGCCAGUUCAUUACAAGCACAGAUCUCCACCAAUCACGCAGAUGAAUGCGGAGUUUGGAUGGUUGGAGUUAAGAGGUUGAUUGGAAUGGAUAAAGCUACGAGCUCUAGUCCAGCCGAAUUACAGCAGUAG